AUGACCAAGACGGUUCAGUAUGGCUUCUCUUUUAUUUUCUGGGCUGUUAGGGCAGUACUAACAACGCAGAUCGAACAUGACAGCCAGACAGGCGACAGGCGCAACUGGUUUGCGCGAACGUUUGGAAAGCCUUCUGCACCGACAUCAAGGCGGUCAAGCAGACACUCCAUUGGCGGUGGAAAGCACAAGCGAAGCGAUAGUGACCCGUCAAACCAGCUUCAGCCUGGAUCUGGAAGCGGCUCCAAGUCUGACGUGCUGGACACGUUGAAGAACCAGUCACUCCGAACACUUGUCCGCACCUGUGGCAAAAGCUUCCUCUACCUCCCAACAGACUACGGCACUCGCUCCCUGAUGCUGCCAACGUGCUUUCGCGCAGCUGCCCAGUACCUUGUCCAAAAUGGCCCAGAGACUCGCGGCAUCUUCCGGAUCUCUGGCUCUAUGAGAGUCGUCAAUGAGCUUUACGAUUACUAUUGUGUCAACCUCGACAAUGACGACGACAUUGCCGCGACCGUCCGAUCGCCGAAUCUGCCUUUCCACAUCAAAGCCGGUGUGCACGACGUCGCCUCCAUGUUCAAGCGCCUCCUGGCUGGCCUUCCCGGUGGAAUCCUCGGCGACCUCCGACUCUUCGAAGCAUUUGUUGAGAUUAUGAAAUCGGAUGGGCAUGCCAGCAACGAGGUCGUGGAGUCUGGGAGGGCAGACCCGGGACAAAUGAAGGCCCGUCUCAUGGCUCUUGCCAUUGGAUCUGUCCCUGGACCGCUCCAGCGCGAGCUGAUGUGCGCCGUAUUCGGCCUGCUUUCUCUCAUUGGACACUCUGCCGAGACGGCAGAUCCUGCCCAAGCUGUCCAGGGGAGCUCCUUGCCUCGCUCCGAGUUGAUGGGCUACGCAGCGCUGGGAAUCAUUUUCGGCCCGCUCUUGAUGGGUGAGCUACUCGACGCGUACGCCCCGGAAGCCAGUCCUUCAAAUGACUCAGGCACCACUGCGUCACCGUCUGGCGGUCCAUCGGCUCACGGCACACCGUCUCCCCGGUCGAAAACAGAUAAACGGCGCAAGAGCAUGGCGUCUGACAAACAAUCGCUGGCCAACCUCCCAUCCACGUUGGACAAGAUCCUUCUCGCCAACGAUGUGGCGGAGAUGCUCAUCACAAACUGGCGCGCCAUUGUCUACGAGAUGAAGCACAUGGGCAUCAUGAGGAAAGAGUCAAUGCUGCAGCAUCCACACCAGUUGGCAGCCCGUGCUGCGCAGCCUAUGCCGCGGUCACUCCGUCCUUCUAGGUCCGAGACGUUCACUGACCAUAAUAUGGGUGCAAUGGUCCAGCAGGCCCCAGAUCUGUAUAGCGCAAAUUUGCGCAAGACGCGCAGCGCCUCGAACACCCGAAACGCCAUCUACGCAAUGAGCGGGAAACAACCUCCCGUCAACAAUGUUCCUCCACAGCGACCGUCAGACAUGUCGUUUGAAGAGUUUGCAGCGCGCAAAAAGCUCAGAAAUUACGCUUCCAACAUGUCAAUCGCUUCCGAUUCUACCUACUCGGCAAUCGAGCCGCAGCCCGUCAAGCCUUUGUCUCCACCAGUGGAGGAUCCCUUUUACGUUCCGGGCUCCAUCGCCAUAUCAACUCGUUCUGGUGCCGCCAAAUUGACAAAACAGCGCCGGGCGAGUGGUGGAUUCUCGUCUAUUUUUGGAGGCGACAAGGCGGCGUCGUCGCCGACGAAGGACCUGCCAAAGGUAGCAAGAAAGGCAGUCAACGGCCACAGCGAUGGCCGUUCUAGGACCUCGGAAGGGGACGACAACGUGGUCCCGCCGUCGAGUCUGUCGCUGAGCCCAACCAAGGUUCGAGGUGCUGUGCCACACCAGACAAGCGAUUCCAGGAAAGCAUCGGGGUCGCGUAGGAAAGCGACACCCACGCGGUCGCACCAUACGAUCGAUGCUGUUGAUGCCUGCCUGUCUGAACCUGCUGGGCGUGUUGGCAUUGGAGGCACCCCGCAGUCAAAGACCGCCGCACUGAUCGCCAAAAUCAUGAAUACCAACAAGCCGCCACCAACACCAACACCGGUUAAAAGGGCCGACGGGACGACCGGUGACUUGUCUAGCCGCAAGCAGAAGGCCGUAAGGGCAUCGCACGACACACCGAGAAUCUUUGACUCAAAGUCUGCUGGCAACAGUCCGACCAAGACGCAUGGACAGUGGGUGCGAGGAAACUCUUCACCAGCCAUCAAGCCGGAGAACCGGCCUAUCCAGUCCACUGCUAUUGUUUCACCGACGCCUAGACGGCCAUGGAAGGCACAGGCCAGUGCAACGGUCCUUGCCCAUGGGCGUGAAAGUCCACCGUCGAGUAGGGUGAAAGGUCUACCGCCGCCGGCCACACGGCUGAUGGACACUGCAGGAGCCGUGGGAAGGCAGUCGCCGAAGUCGCGAUCCUACGGCACUGGAAAGCCUCCUUCGACGCCACAGAAAAAGCCUGUUCGUGAAUUAGGAGCUACAUCAGUGAAGGGCGUGAGUGUGGGACAAAAGAGCGAGGACAAGCAAUCCAGGCACGCUACACAGGAGCAGCGUGCCAUCGAACAGCUGGUCAACGACGCCACGUCGCCUCUCUCUGAGAUAAAGAAUGACGCCCGCAACAUGACGCGAGCCAACUCGACCAGCUCUCGGGCGUCAAAACGGACACAGCCAGACAGGGUCCAUGUGGAAGAGCCCAAGUCCCCUGCGGCUGGUAGCUCUGUGAAGGCGAUGGCGGCAAUGUUCGACACGGCAGCCUGGCAAUCAUCGGAAUCGUUGCCCCUUCCUCUGACCAGCCCGCAGAUGGCAAAGCCGCGCACGCCGAAGCGAGGCUCGGCUCUGUCCCAAUACACGAGCAACACGUCGCCUUCCAAAACGGCAGAGUUUGUGACACCACCACACUCUACGGUGCAGCCAAGACAAGCAACUCUCGACAAGACGGAGGGCCGGGGAACCGACACGUCAGCAUUGCAACGGACGGCUAGUGAGCGGAGACGGCUGCGGCUUACAAAGAGCGAGGGCAGGAACGGUCCUCUUGGUAAAGUCGGCCGGCUCGCCGCUACCGAGCGGAGAGAGCUGGCGCGGUCCGUGGACCGAAACGAAGUGAAAGCCGGUACAGGGCAUCAGACACCAUUCGGUAUGGCAAAGGACAGUACAGCAAAGGUCUCUGGGAAGAAAACCACAGCACCACCACCGCCGGGCAACACGUCAUUGCUCGCACGAGGCGGCACACCAGUACUGUCCCGCUCCAAAGGAAGACCAGUGUCAGUGGUGCUUUCGUCUGAAUGUUCAGCUUCGGCGUUGGAACUGGAGCUGCAGCGCCUUUUGGACAGUAAAACGACCGAAUGCAACACUUGGAAGACGAGGGCUCAGGCGGCCGAAGCCAAAGUGGCAGAGUUGGAACUGGCACUCGCCCGCACGAGUGUUACAGACGCGUCCAAGGUGGAAUCGUUUACUUCAGUAUCGGAUCAGGGUGGAGACCUGUCGUGGUCAUGGCAAGACUUGCUCCCGGAGACAGCCGCGAUCCAGCGGGCACCAGAAAAGCUGGACAUGUCGAGUAUGGUGCGGGAGAUUCGGGCCGACGGUGCAAUGCCUGCACCGCUGAGCACGGUGUCCCGUCUGCGGAAGGAUUUUGAGACGGAUAACAACAACGGCUCGGAAACCAGCGGUGGAUCGGGUGCGCAUGGUCGGUUGAUAAACAGGCGACUUCUGCCUUUUUAA